AUGGAUUUUCCCAGAGGCGGUAAACCUAUUCUCCCGCAUCAUGAACGAAAGCGUCUGUUCAUGCAGGCCUCCAAGAAUGUCCAGUCGAACAAGAAAAAAGCUGUAACAGCCAAACCGGCUCGUGCGGCCUUUCCAAAAAAGUUCAAAAAAAUCAGGCGCUCAGCAAAUCAUCUUUACAAAGACGCUCAGUUCGAGGAUGGCCUUGACAAGUUGGAGGUGACCAUGCAAGGCCCUCUUCCGUUCAUACAUCCUCUUUCACAUGGAAGGCUUACUCCAGAAAUGCAUCUUCUUGGGAUUGUAAAGCGACGUAUCUCGUCAACCUCCAUCAUCAUUUCGCUACCAAAUAAUCUUCAAGGAAGAUGCACCGAUGCAAAUUUAGUUCCAGGAUCUCUGGCACAAGUGAAGGUUGUUGAGGAUUCAAACGCUUCAGGAAAAAAAGCUCGAAUUAUCCACCUUGAGGUUGUAAAAGGGAGCACCAAGCCGGCAGAGGGCACUUCUGUGAUGAGCACAGUCACAUCUGUCGAAGAGCAGCGCGGAUUCUUAAUCUCCAUAAACGAAGAGGCCGACAAGGUAGGCUUCCUUCCAAAUCCGUGCCCAGACUUGCUGGAUUUGCGUCCAGGAAUGCCUUUGUUGGUCACUAUUUCCAGUUUCAAAGGUCGAAUUCCUCGCCUUUCGCUUCCCGGAGAAAUUCACUGCACAAGAAAUGAUCUUUCUUUUGAAGAAAUCACACCAGGAACCGUUUUUUCUGGCUCUACUUUGCUCAAGUACAUCCCUGGAAGAGGAGCCUUGCUUUCUCUGGGCGAGACAACAUUCAGAGCCACUGCAGAUUGCAUGCAUAUCAAUACAGAAGAAAAAAAGGAAGGUGCUCGUCUUGGACCUUGCAUAGUGCUGUGGACAGAGUCAACAGAGCGUUCCGUGGGAGUUUCAUUUUUGCCACAUCUUUUGACCAUGUCAGAGCGGUUGGGCUCGUUUGCGAAGCUUUCCACAACAGGCUCAUUACCAUCGCAAAUGGAGCUUUCUGUUUGCAGCUUGAUUCCGGGAUUUGGUUCACUUUUGGCCAGUUCCAUGAUGCCGUUUGCCGCUCAACGGUUUUUUUCAUCAGAGAUCCAGUCAAAGGUUGGAGAUAUCGCAACAGCAGUGCCGGUGGAUUGGAAUGCAAUCGAUAAUACUGUCACGGUAACUAUGGCCAAUUCGACACCUAUAGACAUCACGACAAUCACCCGAGAUACAGUGGCACUCGGGAUGGUUGUGUGGGGUACCGUCACUCGUGUCGAUAAUAGUAUGAUGGUUGUCGAAAUUGGAGAGGGCUUCCAUGGUGUUUGUCCCAGGUUCCACUGGUUCGAAAAAAACGAUCACCGUAGUAACAAAAGCGCACCACUGGGUGUCGGUGAUCGAAGAAAGUUCAGAGUGCUUGCCUUUUCAUCUUCUGGCUCCUCUCAGCCCCUUUUGACGCGCAAACCAGCACUUCUUCGGAUCGCUCCAAACAUUCCCAUCGUUUCUGAUCGCCUGGGACUUGUUGCUGCUGGCACGCUCACGGUCGGCUACGCUCUUGUGGUCAAGGAGCGUUUUGUCAUAUUUGGGUUCUAUGGAGAUGCGCGUGGAAUUCUCGCGACAACGAGCAUCCCAAAUGUCAAGGUUCAAGCGGGCGAUGUGCACGAACUCCGCAUCAUUGGCUUUGAUGAGCGAAGGGCGCUUUACAAAGUUGUCCCAGCAGCUCUCCAAGAAACUGUUUCACAACGCAAAUUUCCAAAGCACAACCAGAUGGUAGAUGCUUCGUUGGAGCGUAUCUUCAAUGCGGAUGGUGCGAUGACCGCCUUUUUCGCACUUCCGCAUGUAUAUGGCCCGCUCAAGGCCACUGCCAAGCUUCACGAAUUGCAUUCUAGCGAUUUUUUGGGGCGUAUUCUUUCCGAAAAUUCAUCUCCCCAGCUUGGCGCAUCAGCCGGGAUCGAUGUAUCCAAUUCUUGUGCGGCAAUAGAAACCUUGACUACUUAUGGUGUAGGGGAUACAUUUGGUCUCCGCGUUUCUUCGUGCACUUCCAAUGAAGUGGUGUUGGAGGCGCCGAUGCCAGUGACUGGACCCAGGGAAGUUCUUGUCAAGAUCCUUACGCCUUCUAACUCUGUAAUGGUGUGUUCUGUUAUUGUCGAAUCAACACUCGCUAUGGAAGCCCCACCUGGGAUUUUGGCCCUUGAGGGUCCUAGAAUUCCCCUCAAAUUGUGGCAUUUAGAUCCAAGUCCAUGCAAAGAUGAGGCUGAAGCUGCGGCAGCUGAGCGCAAGUUUGGCCCUAUGGCCAAAGAUCCCAACGACCCUAUCACAGCCCUUUCAUUGACCGCCUCUUUUCGCCGUGCGCUGAUGCUUGCCAAUGUAUAUGAUAUCGACGAGAAAGGCGUCGACAAUGGCUCUGUGAACAAGAGUGAAAUUCCAGCCAAACACGAGAAUGGUGACACCGUCGCUACCAAAAAGCAAGGCGCUGCAACAAAAGCGGAGCCAACUCAAAAGCACACCUUUUCGCUUCGCAUUCCAAUUCCAGUAUUGGCUUCACGCUUCACUGGCUCCCUGUGGGAGGCUGCAAUUGCUACGCGGAAGAUGCUUCGCCAAGAAAGAAUUUCACCACCCUCCUCGAAGAUUUUGGCAAACCGGAUGGUCGUUGGUGUCGUUUCUGGAAUUCAUCCAACCAUGGGGCUUUUCAUGGCUUUCGAUGAAACAAGCUCCGGAUUGGUUUUACCGCGGAAUGCAACCCCGCUGUACUCACAAACAUGGUGGCAGCAAGUACCACCAGUGGGGGCCAUCGUGCAGGCAUGGAUAGUCCCUGGAUGUGAAAGUUUAAUCAAACUUUCGCUUUCCCUGAAAGGACCCAUCAGAAAAGGUCAUCUUUCUCGGCCUUUAGCUCAUGAAGAGGCUGCUUUGGAAACACCCGUGCUGGCAGAAGAAGAUCGCACUCAUCGCUCUCGCGGUGCAUCGAUCCUUGCAAGCAUUCAGGAACAAGCACAAAUACCUAGCGCUACUGAUUCUUCAUCCAUCUAUAUGGAUGAAGAAACCGACUCGGACUCGGACUCGGACUCUGAAACGGAGGCUGAGGUUGAGGUUGGUUUGAACCCUGAUCUCCAGGCCCAUCCCAAGACUGCAAAGGGGAAGAUGACCUUAGAUCCGCUUUCGGUUGAUUUUAUAGAAAGAGCAUUAGCCGAUCCAGCAAGGGUGCCUUCGACACAUGAGGAUCACGAACGUGCUGUUCUUGCAGAUCCGGCGUCUUCGCUCAAUUGGAUCGCCUACAUGGCUUUUGAAUCCGAUGCAGGCUCAAUGGAGCGAGCAAGGGCUGUUGCCGAGCGUGCCCUUGCUGCAAUUCCUUAUCGUGCAGAGGGAGAAAAGCUUAACAUUUGGAUCGCAUGGCUUCGUCUUGAAUGGGCAUUCUCUGAAUCAAAAAUUGAUACUGUGAAGGACAACUUUGACGAGGUCCUUGCAGAAGGGCUGGCAAGAGCCUCCUCCUCCAAACAUUUAUUGUUAGCUGCCUGGCAGCUUGUCACGGAUACUAUCAAAAAUAAUGGCAUACAGCGCCCCAGGGCCCUCCGCUUGAUCUCACAUCUUGAGAAUCUGAUGCUGGCGAAACCAAUCCUCCGUGCUUCCGGAAAAAUUUGGCUUGCAUUGCUUUCACUCGAGUAUUUGGGAAUGCGGUCAUCAUCUUCUUCUUCGUCCUCAUCAUCGCUUAUGGGACGGGCUAAAUCUUCUUUGGCACCGCCUGCGUUUAUCAAACUGCAGACGCGCCUUUCGCUGCAGGCAUAUUGUGAAGGUGAUUUUUCCAUGGGACGUUCCAUGAUAGAGUCUAUCAUUGGGCAGCAUCCAAAGCGAUUUGAUCUCUGGAUGCUCUAUUUGCAAGCAGAGCGCAAAGGCCUCCGCGGAAUAUCGCACGAUGGGUCUGCCACCAAGAAGGUGUCCAAGCUUGGGGCUCCUCAGCCUAGUGUUGAGUAUUUGCGAAAACUUUACGAAAGAGUCGCAGUUCUUCCUUUUUCUUCAAAACGAAUGAAGAGCCUUUUUAAAACCUUUCUUGACUUUGAAAAGAGCUUUGGCUCGCAGGCACAUAUUGAGCGAGUUAGACAGCUUGCCGUUUCUUACGUGGAGCGUCAAUAA